AUGACGCUCAAUCGCUUCUGCGCGGACGCCUCCCUCAACUACUUCCUCCGCACGAUGCCGGAGGAGGCGACGCGGGAGGCGGCACGGCUGCACGAUCGGCUCAUCGGCGAGGCGUUCAACGAGCUCACGGCGGGGCGCUUGAGCUCGACGGCGCAGCGCAGGGCGGCGGUGCAGCAGGCGCGGCUGCCAGUCAAGCUCGGCGGCGCCGGCCUCACCUCCAUGUCGGCCGUCACCGACGCGGCGAUCGUCGGCUCGUGGGUGCAGUUCGCUAACAACGUGUUUGCUGCCGUGCUCUGGCUGCUGGUGACCUCGGCCGUGCUCCUUGGGCCGUACACGAAGUUCUCCCUGCUCGCGCGCGCCGAGUGGAGCGGGCGAAGCGCCUUCGACCUCGCGCUGGCGCGCGUCAUUCUCAUUCUUCUGUACAUGCAAGAUUGUGCGUCGGAUCAGCAUGGGACACGCUGGAUGACGGGCCACGCGGGCAAGUACACCGUCCGUAUGGGCCUGUUGCCCGACCCCAUGAAAGCGUGGGAUCGCCAUUGGAUGUCACGGUGGAUGUAUGAGCCGCACGCAAUGGGCCUGUUCACCGUGCUCGCUCUGCUUGGCGUCUGCGCGCGCCCGGCUCUGCUCGGCCUCGCGGUACUCGAGAUGAGGAGCCAGCUCUUUCAGCGCGCCAACGGGCCGGGCCGCCACCACUCUGUGACACCCCGCCUCAUCUACACGCGACACAGUGACACCCCGCCUCAUCUGCACGUCUUUCUCCUCUUCGCGCUCGCGCCCUGUGGGGACGCGCUCAAUCUGUGCCGCGUCUCGCUCUCCGAUCAGUACCAGUGGCAGCUCCAUGGCUUCCUGCCGCGUCUCUGCCGCCGAGGCGUCGCCACUGAUGCCGCCGACCCCGCGACACGCGGGCCAUCGCCCCACUACACGCUCCCGUUCAUCUCUUUGCUCCUCCUGCUCGCCAGUGCGUACGCCUCUGCCGGGCUCGCCAAGCUAGUCGAUUGCUACGCGGCGUACGAACGCGAGGACGCCACUGGGAUGCUGCAAAACCAGCCGGUGCGCUCCUGCAGCGGCGAAGGGUGCUAUCACCCCGAUUCGGUCGUGUGGCGGCCGCUGUGCACCGAGACCGUCGCUCUCAUCGCCGCGUGGGUGUGGCAGCGCUUCUCGUGGACAAAGCGACCCGCCAUCCACGCAUCAUGCGUGCUCGGGAACCAGUACCUCUGGCCGGCCGCGCGGUUCGACUUGUUGCCACCAGCCUUCCUCCAUUUAGCCGCGUUCGGCGCCGUGGCCUGGGAGGUGGGAAUGUGGGUCGCCGUCCUCGCGCCCGGCCACAGGCCACGCGUGCUCGCCGUCUGCGUCGCAUUCCUCUUCCACCAGUCAAACAUCUGGAUGAUGCGCAUUUUCUUUGACGAGUUUCAGGCGCAGUAG